GUUACUUCUCAAAAUUCACCUGAUUCGUACAACCUUGGACUGAUCGGCCCAUGGGAAACAACAGUGAGCGAGUGAGGCUCGAGGAAAGGAAGGAGCUCAUCAUAUGCAGAGAAACCAUGUUGCCUUUGAACAGACUUUUCCGGACGAUCCAUACAACCCUCAAUGCUCCUCAAAUUACCACGUUCGCUCUUCACGCCCCCAAAUAUGUAGAGGUUAAAUUUGCAGAUGGAAGUGUGUUCAACUUGUCGGCUGAGUUCUUGAGAAUAUAUAGUCCAGCUGCUGAUGCUAAAGUCCGGUCAAUUGGAGGUGAGAAGGUAAUAUUUGGACGACGUCAUGUCGGUAUUAUGUCUGCUGAACCAGUUGGGAACUAUGGGGAUCCUUUUUGACGAUUUGCAUAGAACUGGGAUCUAUUCGUGGGAUUAUUUCUAUCAUCUUGGGAGCAACAAAUUUACUCUCUUGAGAAAUUAUGUUAAAACACUGAAGAAGCAUGGGCUCAGCCGAGAUCCACCAAAGAGGAAAUGAUGGACAAAUCAACUGUCUCCAACCACGAGCAUCGUGUGCAAGAUAAUCAUGAGUGUUUGGGUCAACUGACAAACUCCUUAAAGAAAUCGUGCAACAAUUAGAUGGGUUUGAAAAAAGAAGGCAGGUUGAAAAAAGGCAAGUUGUCUCAGCACUAGCUGAUGAAAAAGAUUGAAUUGUUAUACUAGGCAACGAAAAUAAUUUUCCUAGUUUUCUGUUUCAAAUUUUACCUAUAAGUUAUAUGCUUCUAAGAGCCUGAGCGUGAAAAAUGGACAUGUUGCUGUAGCUCCUUGGUAGAUUAUCUAAUGAAUCGAGUUAAAUUACCAUUUCAGUGGUUUCAUUAUGCCCAAUGCCCAUGAAAUAUUUUGUUGCUUUAUCA